GGAGGACCAGGCUCCGGUAAAGGCACCCAGUGUGAGAGGAUUGUACAGAAAUAUGGAUACACCCACCUGUCUUCUGGAGACCUGCUGAGGGCAGAGGUGUCCUCUGGAUCUGAGCGAGGGAAGAAUCUCUCUGCCAUUAUGGAGAGAGGAGAACUAGUGCCUUUGGUAAGAUCACCAAUAAUGCUGGACACACACGACACCGUUCUGGACAUGUUGAGAGACGCCAUGGUCGCCAAAGCUGACACCUCUAAAGGAUUUCUUAUUGAUGGCUAUCCUCGUGAGGUCAAACAGGGAGAGGAGUUUGAAAAGAAGAUUGCUGCUCCUUCACUCCUUCUGUACAUUGAUGCUGGUGCAGACACAAUGGUGAAACGGUUAUUGAAGCGCGGGGAGACCAGCGGGCCGGGUAGAUGA